AUGAGCUCUUCACCCUUGCUAGACAAUGAGAGACGCAACACGCAAUGGAUGGGUCAGUUGCGAUCCUCUAACAAGUUUACCUUAGCCACAAUGUCCAUGGCGCUCUUUACGGACGAGCUUCUUUUCUCUUUCAUGGUACCCUUGCUUCCUUACAUCUUUGAACAGCGCCUCAAGGUUCCAGCAUCUCGUGUUCAAGCAUACACAUCAAUUUUCUUGACCGAAGGCGCUUUAGUCGCCAUCAUAACCAGCCCAUUGAUCGGGCACGUGGCUGACCGGGCAAAGUCCAAGAAGGCCUUGCUACUUGGGUUGCUGGUGUUGACACUUGCCAGUGUCUGUGGUCUUGCGGUUACGAAGUCCUGUACGUUUUAUCUUCCCUCGGUUACGUACAUACUUACCGGCCAGGUCAUAGUGGCAGGGAUCUUUAUCGGUCGAUUUUUCCAAUGUUUUACCAGCAAUGGCCUCUGGAUCGUGGGUGUCGCAACGAUGGUCGAGAGUGUCGGGAGUGAGCAUAUGGGCAAGAUUGCAGGGCUAACCUCAACCUUGACUGCUGCGGGGACGUGUGCAGGUCCAGUGCUUGCCGGGUUUCUCUUCGGGCUUGGAGGGUAUUGGCCUUCAUGGUUGGGUCCGGCUGUCUUCUUGGUCGUGGAUAUCUUAAUGCGUGUUUUGUUGAUUGAUCGUCCGAAAGCACCACAAGAGAUGACGGAGAAUUCCCGUUUGCUAGAUGCGCAGCCAAUAUCAGUUGAAGAAGAACAAGGGUGGCGAUUCUACACCCGUCUGUUUCGCCAACCUCGCUUCACAACAGGUAUCAUUUGCUACUCGGUAUAUGCGCUCUAUAUCGCCAGCUUCCAGACCACCAUCCCCUUACACUCAUGGGAGACAUUCAAAUGGGGUGUCUUCCCAGUUGGUCUCUUACUCGCCGCUGUUCAAGGCCCGGGAAUGGUACUGGCACCCCUAAUUGGAUACUGGAAAGAUCGCUGGGGAUCGCGCAUCCCAACUGCGAUUGCGUUCUUCUCCAUGGCACCUUUUCUGGUACUCUCGGGGGCGGCCGGUGACGAGCGCUUUUCGUGGUUUACUGGUGGAAAUAAAGGCAAGAUCAUUUAUUCUUGCUCCUUGGCCAUGACUGGGUGUCUUAUGUCUUUACUAAGUGGAGUAGGGGCAAUGGAAGCGACUGAAGCUGUUGACAAGCUAGAAGAAAGUCACCCGGGCAUCUUUGGAAAGUACGGGGGCUACUCUCGGGCUGUUGCCAUCACCAGCAUGAGUUGGACUAUGGGCCUGUUGCUUGGGCCCAUCUUAGCAGGGUUCAUGGCGGAGAGGUUUGCUUAUUUUGAAUUACAGUGUGUUCUGGUAUUGGGUAUAUCUCACAGACUAGUUGGAAACAUACAGCAAUUAAAGCAGUGA